AUGGAAACUCAGACAGGGGAACGGCAUGAAGAAGCAGUCAAUACUAUAGCCAGUGUUGUCCGCCUAUUCCACGCCACCCAGAGGCCCUUCCGAAAUUACCAUGGGUCAACCAAUAGCACGCGUACCUCUGAGAGGCGGGCGGACAACACUGUCGACACAAGCCAACUGACCCAUGUGAUCCGGGUCGACCGUGAGAAGAAGGUCGCUUUGGUAGAGCCGAAUGUGCCCAUGGAUAUUCUUGUCGAAGCCUGCUUGAAGGAACGUCUGGUGCCGCUUGUUGUCAUGGAGUUUCCCAAUAUCACUGUGGGUGGCGGGUUUUCCGGAUCAUCCGGAGAAAAUAGUUCCUUUCGUUACGGGCCUUUCGACUCAACAAUCAACUGGAUUGAGAUCGUUCUCCCAAACGGAGAGGUCAGAAGGGCCUCCAAGACCAGUAAUCCUGAUCUGUUCUGGGGAGCAGCGUCAGGCUUCGGGACGUUGGGUGUCGUCACCCUCUUAGAGGUGCAACUGAAGGCGGCAAGGUCAUACGUCGAGUUGACAUACCACCCUUUUUCGACAGUAUCGGAUGCUUCCGCCAACAUGCAGAAGCAGGCCCAGGAUGGCGCUGUUGAUUUCCUGGACGGGAUUGCGUUCUCUCCCAGUCUCACCGUCGUCUGUUCAGGGCGCUUAGUUGACGAAGUUCCAAGCCCAGCCUCGCCCUUGCGCUUCGCAAGACGUAAAGAUCCUUGGUUCUACUCACACGUGAAGCAGCGGAUGGGAGGUACUACCAGGCCGACCACGGACUAUGUGUGCCUGGUAGACUACCUGUUUAGGUUUGAUCGUGGAGGCUUCUGGGUUGCCAAGUACGCUUUUAGUUAUUUCUUUACGCCGUUCAACCGCAUGACGCGGUCGUUGUUGGACCGUUAUCUUCGAGCGAAAGUCAUGUACGCUGCGUUGCAUAAAAGCCAACUGGCAGACGACUACAUAGUCCAGGAUGUUGGUGUACCAUACGAGCAGGUCGGCGAAUUCUCCAGCUGGCUGGAUGCAAACCUAAGGACAUACCCAUUAUGGCUUUGCCCCUUACGUGUGCGACGCGAUGCGACUGAUGCACGACAUGGAUUGCAUGCGGAGUUCGCCGAUUCCACCACACCAGAAUUCCUCAUGAAUUUCGGGAUCUGGAGGCCUGGUUCUUUGGAUCAUGACCAAUUUGUGCAACAGAACCGCGGUCUCGAGAAGAAAGUACAGGAGCUGGGAGGGAAGAAAUGGCUAUAUGCCCAUGCCUACUACACUGAAGAUGAAUUUUGGGCAUCCUAUGAUAGAGAAUCAUACGAUACUCUGCGUAGGACAUAUUCGGCGACCUAUUUGCCCAGCGUAUAUGACAAGGUUAAGGUCGAUCCUCAGAACCGAGCGAAUCGGAAGAAGCCCUUCCACGGAGUCCGUCCACUACAGGGCCUCUAUGGAGUAUAUAAGGCUUGGAGAGGCGGCGAUUAUUUGCUCGUAAGGAAGCAAUCGAAUUGA